CUCACACAACCCACCAACGAAGCAAAAAACAAAGCUAUAGCCUCCCAUCCCAAGAACAAAACGUCAUUCAACUUCCCUAUCUCGAAACAAUGAAGGGGGCAGGAGCAAGUGCAAUGUUGCUACUAAUGGUUCUCUUCUCCAUUACUCUCUCCUCCGCCUCCGCGGCAAGAUCCCUCGCCGAAACCCUAGCCACGUCGUCCUCGCUGGCCCCGCUUCCCGUCCUGGACGUGAACGGGAAAGUGGUCCGGUCGGGAUCCAACUACUACGUCCUGCCCGCAGUCAGCGGGGAAGGCGGCGGGGUGGCUCUGGCUAGCCUGACCAAAGAUUCAGAGAGCUGCCCGCAGACCGUGGUCCAGGACCAGGAUGAAAUCUCCCAGGGUAUCCAGCUCACUUUUUCGCCUGUAAACAGUAAAUCUGGUUACACGGUCCGUACUUUCACGGACCUGAACGUCCGGUUCGUGGCGGACACGCCCUGCGAGGAGGGAACGGUGUGGAAGGUGGAGGACUAUGACGACGAUGUGCAGCAGUGGUUCGUUGGAACCGGUGGUGUUGAAGGAAACCCUGGCCCGAGGACGGUGAAGAACUGGUUCAAGAUAUGGAAGUACGGGUCGAACUAUAAGCUGACGUAUUGUCCCGCGGUUUGCAAGUCGUGCAAGGUCGACUGCAAAGAUGUCGGGAUUUACGUGGAUGAGAAUGGUGGGAGGAGGUUGGCUCUGGUGGAAAAAGAUGGCGAUCCUUUUGUGAUCAAGUUCGUGAGGGCUGAUUGAAGAAAGUGAUUGGUGCAUGAUUAAUUAAGGAUUAUCAUUAAUUAUCUGUUGAGUUUAUUAAAGUAUUUUUGAAAGAAUGGAAUAAGAGCUAUUCAUGCUCAAUUAAGGGGCCCGGCUGCAUGCAUGCAUGCAUGGUUGGUAACUCCUCAACUAUUUCUUUUGUAAGAAUGCUUCAAUAGGAGGAUUUGAAAUUAUUGUAUUUCACAUUCAGUAUAAUUCCAAGUAAGAUGUUAUUUAAAGUAAUUCAUAACUGUCUUUUAUUUUCUUGAAAUUUCAUAUUAUAAAUCCUUCCAUGUCCCCAUCAUUAAAAAAAUAAUGUUCUUUGGAAUUUUCCAUCAAAUAUAUCCUCGAUCAACCUUCUUUGGAAUGAACAACACACCAUACUAGCUAGCUAGCUAGACUCUCUUUUCUUGCAUCCUACAUUUGACACUGGCUAGGGGUGAAAGCUUGUCCCGGAAGACCCACUGACUCGUCCCGAUCCGUCCCGUCUCUAAGGAUCGGGAAGGGUCAGUUUGUCUACAGGGACAGAUUAGAGACAGGUCAUUUGUUGACCCUGUAAGGGUCGGGACAACUUAGGGACGGGUCACGUUUUGACCCUGUGACCCUUAACAACAACAAAUACCUUUUUGUCAAUUUUUAAAAGUUUAGGUACUAAUUUGUAAAAAUAGAAAAUUUUGGGUAGCAAAACGUAAUUUUACCAUCAAAAUUUAUGGACUUAUUUGUAAAAAAAAUAAAAUUUAGGUACUAAAUUGUAAGAAAAAAUAAUUUUGGGUACCAAAACAUAAUUUGUAAAAAAGUAGUGUGUUGAUUAGGGUCGACCCACUGACCCUGCCCGUCCCGUCCCAACCCUUGAGAGUCAGACAGGGUCAAGAAGGAGACAGGGACAGGACGAGAUGGUUAUACAUCUUGACCCUUCAGGGACGGGUCAGACAGGGACAGGGACGGGACAGGCAAAUUUUCAAUCCUAACACUGGCGUAUCUAGAUUAGCCACAAUAUAUAUAUCGUAAAUAUUGUACAUAAUUAAUAAUACUCGGAACCAGUAACCCAUGUUCAUUAGUUUUACUAGCUUACUGACAUAAUGUGGUGAACCCUAUGUCAUACAUCAACCUUAAAUAUUAUAUAAAUAACUAAAGAUUUUAUGUUUUGAAUUAUUUAGUCUAAAUUUAUUAAUCCUUAUUCCUUACCUUAGUGUCGAAUUCUUCACCCUCAAAUAUCUGUCCAUAAACUAUACAAAAAAACACAUUGUGGAUCAUUUAAAUAUUAAUAGAACUUAUUUUGUAUAUUUCUACGUGGAUCCACCUUGAGUGAAAUUUGAGCUAUGUCACUAACCACGUAUCUUCUCUUUUUUUUUUUUUUUGUCUAAAAGUAUAAAUUAGAUAAUUUUAG